AUUUAUCAUUUGGCACGUUCUCACUCAUUCCUAAUCCCCAUCACCAAAGGAAAAAUGAGAAUUAGUAAAAAGUAGAUCGAGAAACCAUGCAAAUUUGUUUGUGAAAAAAUGAAACAUAUCAUAAGUACAAACAAGAACAGGUUACACGGUCAAAUUUCCUGUUUGGGCGGAUUGGUUUGAAGUGUUCAACCAACCAAGAAUUGAGUUGGGUUCGUGAAUCUAUCCACGUUCAUACAAAAAUGAACCAAGAAUGUUCAGACUGAUUUAUUAAGUGCAUCAUCUCCAGAAAAUUUAAAGUUCUCUCAUUCAUCUUUGGCCUACAAAAAGGUAAGUAAAUUCUCUCAUUCUUCUUGUUCCUCUGUUUUCCAUUCCCCUGUUUUCCUCCCAUGCCACAAUUCCCAUCACUUUCUCACCAAUUUCCCACCCCCCAUUCUCAAAUCCCUCAUAAGGGUAUUUCCCAAAAUCCAUGAUCUCCAAUACCCACGUCUUAAUUUCUCUUAUUUCCUUCUCAAUCUUCACAAUCAUCGUCAAAUCAACAAGGACCACCUCUGCAUCGGAAUCCUUUGUAUUAGCCUGCGGCGGCUCCACCGCGGCCACGGACGCCAGCGGCCGGAAAUGGGACCCAGAUGCCAAAUUCCUCACCUCGUCAGAAAACUCAAUGCUAGCCACAGCCCAGUCACAAGACCCUUCACUUCCCUCCACAAUCCCGUACAUGACAGCAAGAAUUUUCACAUAUGAAUCAACAUACAAAUUCUCUGUUUCACCCAAAACCCGACACUUCGUCCGACUCCAUUUCUACCCCUCUUCUUACAGCAAUUUCAACGCAUCCGAUUCCUAUCUAUCGGUCGAAUCCAAUGGUUUCACCCUCCUGAAAAAUUUCAGUGCCUCAAUCACAGCCAGGGCCUUAACCCAAGCUUACAUAAUCAAAGAAUUUUCUAUCACGUUAACCCAAUCGGGCUCUCUCAGUCUCACUUUCAAGCCAUCGAAGAAUGGGUCGGUAGCGUUUGUCAAUGGCAUUGAGGUCAUCUCAAUGCCGGAGAUUUUCCAACCGGCGAACAUGGUCGGGUUCUCGGAUCAGUUGAUAGAAACAGAGGACUCUGCUUUUGAAACUAUGUUUAGGCUUAAUGUUGGUGGACAGUAUAUUUCAGAAGACAAUGAUACAAGUUUGAGCCGGAUCUGGUACAAUGACUCCCCAUAUUUAUACGGUGCAGCCUUUGGGAUUACUUCUGAGGCAGACAAAAACGUGUCUAUUGAUUACCCUUCAAAUUUAACAGAAUACAUUGCUCCAGUCGAUGUGUAUAGGACAGCAAGAACAAUGGGUCCCAAUCCAAAAGUCAAUAUCAAGUUCAAUCUGACAUGGGUUUUUCCAGUAGAUGGAAAUUUUACAUACAUUGUGAGGCUCCAUUUCUGUGAGUUUCAGGUUUCCAAGACUAACCAAAGGGUGUUUGAUAUUUUCAUCAAUAACCAAACAGCACAAGAGGCUGCAGAUGUUUUGGCAUGGGCUAAGGAAGGAGUACCGGUCUUUAAAGACUUCGCGGUAUAUUUGAAUGAAGGAAAAGGUGAUAAGGAAUUGUGGGUGGCAUUGCACCCUUCUGUAUCUACGAAACCUGAAUUCUACGACGUGAUUCUCAAUGGGUUGGAGAUUUUUAAGGUUAAUGACACUAGUGGGAAUUUAGCAGGCCCAAAUCCGGUUCUAUCGCCUUUUCAAGAAAAGGGAAGUUAUGAUCAAGAGCCGAGGAGUUUUGCAAAAUCGCAGGUUCAUGUUGGUGCAAUAGUUGGUGGGAUCGCGGGUGGGGUGGCUGGUUUUGGCCUAGUUGUUGGAGUUUUGGUUUUCCUCAAACAUAAUAACCGCGAUUCGAAAGGAAGAAAGUGCAACUCCAUGGGAUGGUUGCCACUUUAUGGCAGCUCGCGAUCAUCUGGUACUAAAUCGACUACAUCGGGUAAGAGCAGUGGGAGUAGUAGGAUUUCAACGCUUGGUGGGGGAUUAUGUAGGCAUUUUUCCUUAUCAGAUAUCAAAUAUGCCACAAAUAACUUUGAUGAGUCUCAAGUUAUUGGAGUUGGAGGGUUUGGGAAGGUGUACAGAGGGGUUAUUGAUGGAGGGACUGAAGUAGCAAUCAAGAGAUCAAACCCUUCUUCAGAGCAAGGAGUUCAUGAGUUCCAAACCGAAAUCGAUUUGCUUUCAAAGCUGAGGCACCGGCAUCUGGUCUCUUUGAUAGGGGCUUGUGAGGGAGGGGAAGAAAUGAUUUUGGUUUACGAUUAUAUGGCCAAUGGGACUCUAAGAGAGCAUAUCUAUAAGGGAAACAAUCCUCCUUUGUUAUGGAAACAAAGGUUGGAAAUUUGCAUUGGUGCCGCGAGGGGGCUUCACUAUCUCCACACCGGUGCAAAGCACACUAUUAUUCAUCGCGAUGUGAAAACCACAAACAUUUUGUUGGAUGAGAAAUGGGUGGCAAAGGUCUCGGACUUUGGUUUGUCGAAAACGGGCCCCACGCUCAGCCAAACCCACGUUAGUACCGUGGUGAAGGGUAGUUUCGGGUAUUUGGAUCCCGAGUACUUCAGAAGGCAACAACUGACAGACAAGUCGGAUGUUUACUCUUUUGGGGUUGUCCUUUUCGAAGUGCUUUGUGGGAGGCCAGUGCUUAAUCCGAGCCUCCCCAAGGAACAAGUUAGUUUAGCUGAUUGGGCACAAAACAAUUACAGAAACGGAACUAUUGAUUCCAUAAUUGAUCAGAAUGUCAAGGGAGAGAUCAAUCCAGAGUGUUUGAAGAAGUUUGUGGAAACAGCAGUGAAGUGCUUGUCAGAUCAAGGGAUCGAGCGACCUUCAAUGGGCGGGGUUCUUUGGAAUCUUGAGUUUGCAAUGCAAUUGCAAGAUAACCCCGAUGGGCCUAAAAUGGUGGCGGAACAGAGAGCGAAUGAUGCGUUUGUUAUGCAUACUACGACGUUGUUGACCAUUGAGGAGGAGGAAGGCGGUGGGGAAACCGAGGACAGCACUAAUGAAAUCUUUUCUCAGAUUGUGAAUCCAAAGGGAAGAUGAGAGGUGAAUAAUUACAUUUGUUAUUUUCUGCUUUUUGGGGUUCUUUCUUUUGGCCAUGUGCUUGUGAACAAUUGGAAUAUGCAAGGAGCAGAGAGGCUCCGGGACCAGGUUGUGAUGUUCUCAGUAUUGAGCUGCUUCUUCUUCCUUUGCUGAUUGUCAAAUGGAACUAGUUGAAGCAUCUUUGGAGCAAUUGUGGGAAGCAUUUAGUUGCACUUAAUGCUAGUAAAUAACUACAUAUGAAGCACCAUAUGUUUAAGCAAGGAUUUUGUAUGGCACUGUAUCUCAAUCCUUGACUACUUAUCUUCAAUUGAAUCCAAGUUGUCAUAGGCAUCAUUAGCAAAAAUGACAUUCUAUAUAGAAAUAGGAUCAACUUUUGCAUUUGAUUAAGGUAUUUGU